UCAUUUCGUGUCGCGUCUCAGUCACGUUAUUUCCUCUAAUUAGGGGUCAUUUGGCGUUGUCAGCGGGUUAAUGAAGGUGACAUGAGCAGUGGAACAUCAAGGGAAUCCGUGGGAGGUAGUGUAGUGGAAGAAGAAAAAGCAUGACCACGACCUGGAAUGCAGUGGCUGUAAUGUGAAGUAAGCUUCCUGGAAAGUUAAAAUGAGAACAAAAGAUGUGGAAAAACAGCAAGAAGAUGAGGUCACCAGCUUUAUACCAGCUGUCUCUCAGCAAGAAAACCCGUUGGAAGGAGAAGGACCAAGCACAAGCGGCACAGAGAGGAGACGGCCAGGAAGGUUGAGAAAGAAGCUGAGUAGCCGCCCUGCUUCCAGAUUUGAUGAACCCACAGGUGAUUGGGAACCAGAAGCUGUGGAUCCUAAGACAAGGUGGAUAAAAGCAGCAGCACAGGCAAGAAUUGCAUCACGUGUGGAGAGCCAGGCUUUCUUCACUUCAGGAAAGUCCCCUGAGAAACUAGAACCCAAACCUGCUGUUCGAUCUCCUGCCAAAUCUCCUGGAGGAAGGAGUAAGAAAGGAGAUGAGGAGGAAGAAGAUGAAGAGCCAGAAGACGAGGAAGACGAGACUCUAGCCUUAGUUGUGCCACAGAUGCAGUUAGUUUCACAGUGCGUUCCAGCCAAAUAUAUCCCAUACCAUGAGAGGUGUGCAAAUGAUGAAGUGAAUUUAUUUGUACCAUCAGCUUUACCAAGCAAGUUGCACAGUAAGAUUGAAGAAGGAGCGGAGGUGAGAGACCUUGAAGAUGAAGGACUUUAUAUAGGAGAGAAGCCAUACAUUACCCAGACGAAUAUCAACAUAAUUGAAAACAGAAUUCUUCGACAGGGGAACAGGCAUUGGUUUUCAGAGACAGGGUACCUUGAUAGACAGGAUAACCCAAUCAAUGAUCAGUUCUUUCAUCAUCUGUCAUCAGAUGGUGAUGCACAUCCAGAACCUUUGGCAGUAUUUGUGAGACCAAGACCGGGUGAAUUUCUACACACUCCUAGUCAAGAUGAAGGGGGUGUCUUAGAUGUUGAAGUUCAUCAGCUGUCCUUUCUUCACCACUCCCUGUUCUCACCUGAGCACGUUCUGGCAUCUCAGCUCGCACAGGACUAUGACACCUAUACAGAGAGGAUGCGUGUCAACAAGACGAAGAUCCUGCAGAAUAAACUUGGGGUAUUACGGCAAGCACUGGCCAAGCUCCAUCACAUUGCCCCAGGACGGAAGCACCACAGGUCAGUUCAUGAUGAGAUUGACACGGCAAGGCGACUAGAGAUCUACCGCCAGGAGAUCAAGGAAUGCCGCGAGGAGUUCAUAGCAGAAGCCGAGAAGGACAGGAAUCUGCUAAUGAGUAUCCUUAAGACUUGGAAGAACAUAAAGAAUCUCCGUAAGAAAAACAAGUACCAGAGCACAGCCUUGAAGUUGGUGAUCAAGAAGGAGGAAGUUGAUAAAGAAGAGGAAGAGGAGAAGAGGAAAGUGGAGCUAGAGGAAGAGAUGAAGGAAAUUUUGGAGGAAUACGAAGAAGAUUUUGCAAAGAAAAUGAAGAAGUAUGAAAAGGAGAUGGCAGAGUGGAAGGUUGCUCACAAGAAAAGGAAAGAAGCCAAGAAACGGCAGCAGCAGCGAAGCAAGUCUGAAAUGUGUGAGGACAUCAAAGGCAGUAUCCUCCAGGCAGCUCAGGAUGAGACUUUGUUAUCCACUCCAGAAUUACCAAAACCGCAGCCUCCUACAUCGGUGGAAAAACACAAGAUUGAGCUAGAAGUGUUGGAGGUCUUCUCUCGUACCAGAAGGCCACCAGGAGAGCCCAUAGUGCACCUGGAGCUAACACAGUCUUCAUCAGUAACAGAGGCUAAUCUUUGUGCUGAUCCGGAAAAGCGAAGGAGGCAAGCUGUUAACAAAACAAGAGUGUGGAUUAAAAUCCUCAUAAACAACAAGCUGGUGACACAGACAGCCUCCGCAACACUGGGCAAUGACUUUACGCUUCACAUUGGUCAAACGUACCGCAUGGCCCUGUCAUCCUGGCCGCGGAGCAUUACCUUGGAGGUGGUUGAAGGCGCAAGCUUGAGACAGAACAUCAUUGCCUCAGCCUAUCUCCCCAUCCCAAGCAAGACAAGUCUGCGCAAGGAAGAGUUUGAGAUGAUCGAGUUCAGUGGGAGUCAGGCUGUGACCCACAACCAUGGAGGAGUAGGGAGUGGCCUCAUAAACACAGAAUUUGGAUCCGCAAUGACCUGUGGUAACAUCCGCUACCGCCUUGGCUGGGCUCUCAGCAAGGAUGGGGAAGUGUUGGCACCGACAGGACCUCUUCCGGGAUCUGGUGUUGCCUCGUCCAACUUGCCUUCCCGACUCCAUCCUGGUGCAGACCCAGCAGCAGUUAAAAAAUGGCUUGAAAAUGCCCACAUCGACCCAAAUGACCCAGGAAAUGCAGUGCUCAUGAACCAUUUACAGAAAGCUGCAGCUGGUAUCUCAAAGCCUUCAAACCAUUUCGAGAUCGACCGAUGUGAAGGUGAUUUUUGCACAGAGGCUGAUUUGGAUGCUAAUGUGCGCUUGAGGGUAUUGCAGCUGCGAGCGAGUGAAGUCCCCGAGUUCAAGGGCCUGUGUCUUGUGCCGGCCUUUGAUUCGCAGGUUUUGCGGAAGACCUUAGAAAAAUAUGAAAACAAGAUGGGGAGUGAGCAAGGUGACUCCACAGAGGGUGAAUCUCACCUCUGGGGUCUUGACAAGCGAUGGGAACGCGUGGAAAAACUCCUGGCAUCGCUCAGGAGACACAUGCUACAACGCUAUGCCCAAGCCAGCUUUACGCCCAAACUGGAAGAUUUGGUGAGAGAGGAGAGAAUUCCUGAUAUUGGGACCAUUGGAACAUCCCUCCUCUCAGUAUUCAAAGCACGAAGGCCUCUGAAGCCAGAGAGGAAGAAGAGGGACCAGGUACGUGGUGCAGCCCUUGGAGAUCAGAAUGUUCGGUUGAUUGUGCACAUUGCAAGGGCCUUCCAUGUGCCAGUACGUCAGGAAUCGUCUCCAACUACUCCAGGGAUGCAAGAUGCCCCAGAGGUAAUCCAGGGAAGCAGUUUUGUACGUCCAUUUGUGGAGGUUACGUUCCAGAGGUCUGUUAUGAGAACAAGUGUGGCUGAAGGACCAAACCCUACAUGGAAUCAGCAACUUACUUUCCCAUUCAAGGCUCCAAAUGACAAUUUUUCGCCCUCGAGCCUGCAGUCUGUCACCGAUAAUGUUUAUAUCCAUCUUUUUGAUGAAGUCAUCCAUGACCUCCUGGAAGAUGACCGUCUCAGAGAGUCAACAGUAUACCAUCGCAUUGAGAAGCGCUGGCUUGGCUCUUUGAAGAUUCCUUUUUCUACAAUAUAUUCUAAUGCUAAGAUUGAAGGCACAUUUUCCCUGGAGGAGCCUGUGGUGCUUCUAGGUUACAGCAGAGAUAUGAGUUCCUCUCUCAACCAAGGCAUGCCACUCACAAACUCAGAGCUGAGCCGAUCUGCAACUCACUUAUCCAUCUACUUGACACUGGAACCCACAUUACCACCACCUGAACCACUUAAAGCCAAUUUCGAAUCCAGUGAACCAGAAGAGGUCGUAAGUGCAGGACGUGAGUGGGUGGCGUCCCUGAGCUCGAGAUACUCACGCCGUCAUUUCCGGACACAUGUUCUCGAUCUGUCAGGAAAGCUGGUGUCUUUGAAUCGCUUCAUAAGGCCUUUGAGACCACCGCAAGAGCUUAUUGGAGAAGAUCAGGAAGAAACUGCAAAGCGAGUGGCUUGGUAUGUUUCCCUUAUUCCAUCAUUAGCAGACAUGACACUCUUUCCAGGUUCCUGUGAUAUCUGGGCUAAUUCGGAGCAAUUCCUAACGAUGUUGACUGGUGAUGAGGAGGAACAUGCAGUUCUGCUGACAAAUUUCUUCCUACACCUUGGAAAAGAAGCUUUCCUAUUAAUUGGUAGUGGAAUACCAGAAGGAUUAACUUGCUAUGUACUGACUAAAGAAGAUAGAGGAACUUGGAGAAUUUGGAAUCCCUCAACAGCUCAGUGUUAUGAUGCUCGAGACCCAUUUAGUCCUUUAGGUGCCGUGUACAUCCUUGUCAAUCAAGAAAAUAUAUGGGCCAAUGUUCAGAAGUAUGACGACCCCCCUAGGGUGAACUUUGAUGUAGGUGGGUCUGGGUGGCGAUCAUUUUAUUCCAAAAUGGUGCUGGACCCAGGCCUCCCCAGUGUCCAGCCCCAGAAUAUCCUCUUCCCCGCUGUUGACACCAACCAAAUGGACCAACUGAAGGAGAGGCUGGAGAUCACUCUACGGGAUGCCAUCAUGAAAUGGAGGAGCGUGCAAAGAACUCCGUGGAACAGGCAUGCAAUCUCAGUGCUACGCAAGCUGGUAAGAGGCCUAGAAGAGCCACGUGCAACUGGCAAAUCAUCCUCGACAGAUCUCACACAACUAGCCUCAAUCAUGACUUCGCACAAGGUGUGUGGCGUAUGUGUGCAUCAGGGCUACAGCAACCUGGCAAAUGUAGUGGAAGCAGUGCAUAGUACGGGGGUCCACCUUACCCAGUCUCCCAAUGCAGAAUUUGCACUGGCAGUCCACUUAAAUCCAUACCCAGCUUGUGUGAUUUCCGUUUGGGUGUACGUUGCAUCUCUAGUCAAGAGGGUGUGAAGGGAUAUAUAUACCUGAAGAGCUUUUGAUAGCAAAAUUAUUUGUCAAUUCAAAUGUAUUCCAUGUUUUAUCUAUCAAGAAGUGCACUUAGGGUUUUGUGGUUAGUAUAUGACAUUUCCCUUUGGAUUGGUUGCAAUGUAGGAUAGAUGGCAU